GAAAACUUACGGAAAAGAGACAGGGCAGAAAAAAAGUUGAUGAGCCAUGUAAAUCCCAGUCGUGAUGUCGGUUGCUGCCGAAGCAUAAAUAGGUUGACAGGGCCGAGCCUGGGGUGAAUUGCGAACUCUAAGCUUCGAAGCAUAAUAUUAUACUUCCUGCUGAUCUCUCUGCCGAAGCCUUGACCAGAGGUAACCUAGACCAGGGAUAGAUCACAACAUGGAUUCGACGGCCAAGACCGCCACGGCGGGUGAGGCCGAAACGGAACGGAUUGAAGUUCACGAUGCCACCCAUCGUGUCCAAGAACAGGCCCAGACGGACAGAUGGCGCUCUAUAAAGGCGAACCCCAAGCUUGUCCUGCUUGCCCUUUUCGCAUCCUUUGGCGGCUUCGAAUAUGGCUACCAACAGGGCAUCCUCUCUCAGUCGCUGGCCAUGCACCGCUUCAAGGAAAACUUCCCCAGCGUCACGUCUUCAUCCACCGCGACCGGCUGGCUCACCUCGAUCCUGCAGCUCGGCGGUAUCCUGGGCUCCCUGAGUGCCGGCAUCCUCAGUGAGGUCAUCUCGAGAAAGUACACCAUGUUCACUGCCUGCUGCUGGGUUAUCCUGGGCAGCUACCUUUACACCGGCGCUACAGCGGGCAAGCCCGAGCUCUUGUACGCCGGUCGCUUCUUCACCGGUGUCGGGGUUGGCCUGUUCAGUGGUGUCGGUCCGUUGUACAAUGCCGAGAUCUCGGCGCCCGAGACUCGUGGCUUCACCGUCUCUUUUUAUCAGUUUGCCACCAUCUUUGGCAUCUUCCUCUCCUUCUGGAUCGGCUACGGCAGCAACUACAUCGGCGGACCCGGCGCUGGCCAGUUGGAUAUGGCAUGGCGCCUCCCUUCCAUCAUCCAGGGCAUCCCCGCGAUUCUCCUAGCCAUUGGCAUAUGGUUCAUGCCCUUCUCGCCGCGUUGGCUGGUCAAGAAGGGCCGUUACGAGGAGGCGCGCAAGACUCUCGCCUGGAUCCGCAAGAAGGACCUCAACGACCCGCUCGUCGAAGUCGAGCUGCUCGAGAUCAGGGCCCAGCAGCUGUUCGAAGAAAGGGCCUUUGCGCGCGCCCUUCCUCAGUACGCCAACAAGGAGGACCGGAACCCCUGGGUCCACGAGAUUGUCGGCUACGUGCAGUGCUUCAAGACCUGGGACAACGUCAAGCGCGUCACCACGGCCUGGCUUGUCAUGUUCUUCCAGCAGUGGUCCGGCAUCGACGCCAUCAUCUAUUACGCCACAAGUGUUUUUCAGAGCUUUGGCUUCACCGAGGGAACAAUUGCCCUGCUGGCAACCGGUGUCACGGGUGUGGCGUUUUUGAUUUCGACUAUGCCUGCCAUGUUGCUCAUCGACAAACUCGGCCGCAAGCCGAUGCUCUAUACUGGCUCCAUCAUCAUGUUCCUGACCAUGGUGACAGUCGGUGUCGUGGUGGCCAAGUUCCAAAACGACUGGGCCAACAACCCCGCCGCGGGCUGGGCGGCCGUCAUCCUCAUCUGGAUCUACAUCGGCGCCUUUGGCUACGGCUGGGGCCCGGCCUCGUGGGUGGUCAUCUCGGAGAUCUUCCCGCUAAGCAUCCGGGCCCGCGGCGCCUCAAUCGGCGCCUCGUCCAACUGGGUCAACAACUUCGCCAUCGCAUUCUUCGUGCCGCCCAUGUUCGAGACCCUGGCCUGGGGCACCUACAUCUUCUUCGCCGGCUUCCUCGCCGCCGGCAUCGCCUGGAUCUACUUUUACCUGCCUGAAACCAAGGACGUCAGCCUCGAGGAGAUGGACCGCGUCUUUGGCAGCCAUACGGGCGCCGAGGACGCGAGGCUGCUGGCCGAGGCGCAGCGCGACGUCGGCUUGAUUGACUUUUUGAGGAGGGCUGAGGGCAAGGCGGUCGAUGUCGAGGUGGAGGAUAAGAGGCAGGAAAAUGUUGUUUAGGGAAGAGCAGCAUGAUGGUUGAUUGGGAGAUGUAAUAUGAGGGCAGAUGGUGUGUAUCGAGUGUAAAGAUGACUGGGAGAGGCUGUUGUUAGAAGCUUCUCGAUUUUGUGUCCAUAACUGAUCUUUGGUUCCAACUAUAAGAUCAGUAAUUUUAGAUACCCAUAUAGAAACUGAAGAAAAAAAAUAAACUUCUUCUAGA